AUGGGAGGGCUCUCCCCAGAUGACACGGUUCUUCGGAAGGUGAAAUCAAGAUUGACGAUCCCAGUAUACGUCAUGAUUCGACCCCAUGCCAGAUCCUUUUGCUAUGAGACCUCGGACUUUGAAACCAUGAAAGAAACUCUCACUGCCCUCAAAUCCCACGGUGCCGAUGGGUUCGUCUUCGGAAUCUUGAGUCGAUCUGACCGAGAAACGGAAACCUGUCCUCAUUCGGGGUGGAUUGACGUCCCUCGCAACAAGGAGCUGGUUCGUUUGGCGGAUGGCCGACCUUGUACGUUUCACCGCGCUUUCGAUCUCAUCCCUGAAACUCAGUGGGAGAGCGCCCUGGCAGAUAUCAUGGAGUGUGGAUUCUCGUCAAUCCUCACCAAUGGCGGCCCGUCGGGAACCACUGCAAUAGAUUGUGUGGACAAGCUUACGGCCUUGGUUCAUUGGAAAAAUAGUCAAAUAACGAACAAUCCAGGCCUGCAGAACAGAGUCCCGGAAAUUAUUGUGGGGGGCGGCGUCAGAGCAUCGAACAUACAGAGUCUGCGAGAGACCACCGCUGCCUCCGUAUUCCAUUCAGCUGCUCUACUCGCCCGGACCGAAACGGUAUCUGAAGUCGAAAUCACGAGGAUGAAGGCCCAACUGUGUGGGCCUAAGACAGAUACUUCGGCUAUUGAUGACUAG